AUGGUACCCGGUACCACUCGUGCUAUUGACAGUGUCACAGCAGCCAAGUCCCUCCAGACCUCGGAAGAGUUGGUCGAGGCUCUCCAUGGUACCCAAACUGCGCCACUCUGGGCUCAGAUGCAACGUCUAAACCCAGCAGCGCCCAAUCCCAAGACCAUCCCUCACGUUUGGUCUUAUCAUGAUAUCAGGCCAUUUCUUCUCAAGGCAGGAGAGUUGAUAACCGAAAAGCAAGCUGAGCGUCGUGUCUUGAUGCUUGAAAAUCCAGGUCGAGAGGCACCUUAUACAACCGAUACCUUGUAUGCUGGUCUUCAGUUGGUACAGCCCAAGGAAACUGCACCCGCACACAGGCACACAGCCUUUGCUUGUCGCUUUAUCAUUGAAGGCUGUGGAGGCUUCACGGCAGUUCACGGCAAGAGAGUUCCCAUGCGGGCUCGGGACCUCAUAGUCACUCCGUCGUGGAACUGGCACGACCAUGGCAAGAAGGGCGCUGACGAGGAGGGGGGAGAUGACAAACCUGUCAUCUGGCUCGAUGGACUUGACCUUCCCAGCUUUGUUCACUUUCCAGUGCACUUUGUGGAACAUCACUCUGCAGCGAGGUAUCCCGCUGAAGACUUUGACGAGUCUGAUAUCGUCUACCCUUGGGUUAAGAUGCAGACCAAGCUAGACGCCAAUUCCGAGGGUUGGGUCUCACAGCCUUACCUAAAGCCGAGCGGGGCCGAAAUUGGCAGAAUUAUCGGCGCUUCAGCCGAGAGAUUGCUUCCGGGAAGCCAAUCAUCAGUGAUUCGGGAGACCAGCUCUGCUGUUUACCAUGUUAUCCAAGGUUCCGGCUGGACCAAAGUUGGGGAUACUGUUUUAUACUGGAAGCAAGGUGAUACAUUCUGCAUUCCGUCUUGGCACCAGUAUCAGCAUUUUGCAGACACGGAUGAUACUGUCUAUCUCUAUAGGUUUGAUGAUAAGCCAAUGCUCAAGGCUUUGGGAUUUUAUCGAGUCGAAGGAGUUGAUGUAGAGACAUACGUUUCGGAGUAG